GACGGCGGCAGAGGCGUUGAACGGGAAAGGUGACACAGGGACGCCAUGGGCCUUCACUUCGGUAACCUGGCUCGUGUUCGCCAUGUCAUCACCUACAGCCUUUCCCCUUUCGAGCAACGCGCUUUCCCUAACGUCUUCUCCCAUGGGUUGCCCAACGUCUGGCGCCGUUUCAGAUCCCAGGUCUUCAAGGUGACGCCCCCUUUUAUAGCCGCCUAUCUCCUUUACUCCUGGGGAACGCAAGAGUUUGAGAGGCUGAAGAGGAAGAACCCUGCCGACUAUGAAAACGACCAGUAAUCAAAUUAAUGAGGAGAUUGUUACCUCACAUGGAUUAUCGACCUGGUGUUGCUAAACUUGUUCACAUGACUAGAAGGGCAUUAAGAGGAAGAUAAGUCUUGUCUAAUAAACCGUAACUUUGCCCUGUGA